GGGGCGGGGGUGUGGGCGGGGCCGCAGCUCUUUUCUCUAGAGUUCGCGCGCCCAGAACGCCAGCCUUGCGCCACUGUCUGAACCGACUCUGCUGCUCGCUGUGAUGGAGGCCACAGCCCAGUUUGUGGUGGAGAGCCCAGACGUGGUCUACGGCCCCGAGGUCAUCGAGGCGCAGUACGAGUACCGGACAACUAGUGUCAGGCGUGAGGAUGGCAUCCUCAAGGUGCACCCCUCCUCCACGAACUUCACUUUCCGGACCGCCAGGCAAGUGCCCCGGCUCGGGGUCAUGCUCGUCGGCUGGGGCGGCAACAACGGCUCCACACUCACCGCUGCCGUACUGGCCAACCGACUGCGCCUGUCCUGGCCUACACGCACGGGUCGCAAGGAGGCCAACUAUUAUGGCUCGCUGACGCAGGCUGGCACCGUUAGCCUGGGCCUGGACGCUGAGGGCCAGGAGGUGUUCGUACCCUUCCGAGCGCUGCUGCCCAUGGUGUCGCCAGAUGACCUCAUAUUUGAUGGCUGGGACAUAUCGUCGCUAAACCUGGCCGAAGCAAUGCGCCGUGCCCAGGUGGUGGAUUGGGGGCUGCAGGAGCAGCUGUGGCCACACAUGGAAGCCCUGCGCCCAAGGCCCUCAGUCUACAUCCCAGAGUUCAUCGCAGCUAACCAGAGCGCACGUGCGGACAACCUCAUCCCUGGCACUCGGGCGCAGCAGCUGGAGCAGAUCCGAAGGGAUAUCCGUGACUUCCGGUCCCGCGCGGGGCUGGACAAAGUCAUUGUGCUGUGGACAGCAAACACAGAGCGCUUCUGUGAAUUGGUCCCUGGCCUCAAUGACACUGCUGAAAACCUGCUGCGUACCAUCCAGCUGGGCCUGGAGGUGUCACCCUCCACGCUCUUCGCUGUGGCCAGUAUCUUGGAGGGUUGCGCCUUCCUCAAUGGGUCACCACAGAACACUCUGGUACCCGGCGCACUCGAGCUUGCUUGGCAGCGCCGUGUCUUUGUGGGAGGAGAUGACUUCAAGUCAGGCCAGACCAAGGUCAAGUCCGUGCUAGUUGACUUCCUUAUCAGCUCCGGCCUCAAGACUAUGUCCAUCGUGAGCUACAACCACCUGGGCAACAAUGAUGGGCAGAACCUGUCAGCGCCGCCACAGUUCCGUUCCAAGGAGGUGUCAAAGAGCAGCGUGGUGGAUGACAUGGUUCAGAGCAACCCUGUGCUCUAUGCACCUGGCGAGGAGCCGGACCACUGCGUUGUUAUCAAGUACGUGCCAUAUGUGGGUGACAGCAAGCGUGCAAUGGAUGAAUACAUAUCAGAGCUGAUGCUGGGUGGCACAAACACACUGGUGCUACACAACACCUGUGAGGACUCACUCCUGGCUGCACCUAUCAUGUUGGACCUGGUGCUGCUGACUGAGCUGUGCCAGCGCGUGAGCUUCUGCACCGACUUGGACCCAGAGCCGCAGGGCUUCCACCCAGUACUGUCGCUGCUGGGCUUCCUCUUUAAGGCACCACUGGCUCCACCAGGCAGCCCUGUGGUUAACUCACUCUUCCGACAGCGCAGCUGCAUCGAGAACAUCCUCAGGGCCUGCGUGGGGCUUCCGCCACAGAACCACAUGCUUCUGGAGCACAAGAUGGAGCGCCCCAGCCUCAAGCAAGUUGGUCAUGUGGCUGCCUGCCAUGUGUCUUACAAGAAAGAAUUGGCACCAGUGGCCCCCAAUGGCUGUACUGGUGAUGCCAACGGGCACUCACAGACUGAGGCACCCCUGAUGCCCACCACCUAAGGUGGUGGCCAUAUAGCUCCCACAACUCCUACCCCUGUUUCCCCUCUGGAUCCGCCCUCCCAGACUCCUCCAAAUACAAUAAAAGCACUGUUACGUAUCAGCAA